AUGGCAACCUCUCAACGGGGUUUGUUUCUCAACCAACGCAAGUAUGUCAUGGAUCUACUCGAGGAAGCUAAGUUCACCGAUUGCAAGCCAGUUGUCACCCCAAUUGAGAGUAAACUUAAGCUUACCAUUCAUGGCGAGGCACUCAAGAAUGUCACCUAUUAUCAAAGAUUGGUUAGCAAGCUUAUCUAUCCUACUAUCACCCGUCCAGACAUUACCUUUGCUGUGAGUUUAGUUAGUCAAUUCAUGCAUGCACCCACAUUAGAACAUCUAAAUAUUUUUAAAUGGAUUCUACGCUAUCUCAAAGGGUCCAUUGAUAGAGGUAUCCUCAUGCGUAAUAACCAUUCCACUAAGAUUCAUGCAUACACUGAUGUUGACUGGGCAGGCAGUGCAAUCGGCAGAAAAUCCACCACUGGUUAUUGCACAUUUGUUGGAGGCAACAUUGUUACUUGGAAGAGUAAGAAACAACAAGUCAUUGCUCGCUCCAGUGAUGAAGCUGAGUAUCAAGCAAUGGUUGCCACUGCAUGUGAAUUGAUUUGGCUUAAAAGUCUCUUGUUUGACUUAGGGUUCUCGAGUACAACUCCUAUGUCUCUCAUGUGUGAUAAUCAAGCAGCCAUGCACAUUGCUGAAAACCCAGUUUUUCAUGAAAGAACCAAGUAA